AUGCAUUCAAACUCUGCAGAACGUGUCCGUCUUCACAGGCAGAGAAUUAAAGUUAAACGAGUUCUUUCGAAAAUAUUCGACAAGGAAUUUAAACGAAAGAAAAAUCAAUCACAAGCCAAAUGGCGUCAGAAGAAGAAACAAGAACAACAACAAUUACGAGUAAUACCACCACCUCCAUCAGCAAUAACAAACAAAACAAUGUUACGGAAAAAAGAAGGUCAACAACGAAGACGUAUAAAUACUUCAAAAUUGAAAAAUGAAAAUGAAAGUUUACGUCGAACUGUCCGUCAAUUGACACUUGAGAAUGAAAAGUUAAAAGCUCAGUGUCCUCAAACACCACCUCGUCCAUCUCCAGCCAAAUUACUACUUAAAAAUGUGAGUCCUUCGGCAACAAUUCGUGCAGCCAUGCGUCUAAAAGAUCAAAAAGAUAAUUUAUCUCGUGGUUCAAAUUCACAAUUUAGAAAACAGUUAGGAAUUAACUUAUCAGUUCAAAAUCAACCGAAAAAUAUCGGACCAUCAAAAUUAGAAUCGGAUAUUGAGCAGUUUUUUUGUCAAGAUAAUGUGUCGAAAUUGUGUCCAGACAAAAAAAACUUAAUCAAAGAUGAGAGAACUCGACGACGACAUUCAGCUGAACCACAUUUGCAAUCCAUUCCACGAUCAGCUAUUUCACCUACUGUUUUAAUUAUAAUUCCAAAAAUGAAUGAGCAAAAAAGUGAAUCCAUGGAAAAUAUAUAUCAUGUGUCUAAUUAAUAAAGAAGGUGACAAUGGUAAUAUGUCAGCAAAACUGAUGCAAAUCUGAUCGAUCUUUUCAAAUAAAAAAUUGCUUUGUUUUUCGAUUUUUGGUAUGUUUUAACAAGCAAGCGAAUAAUUCUAUGCAAGAAUUAUUUAUCUUCUUUUUUUGUCGAAGCUCCAUGAAUAAGAUUGAAAUAAUUUGUUCUAAUAAAUUUUUCAUUUAAAAUACACUUACAAGAUGUCCAAGAAAAAUUAUCUGGUCUCCAAAAGCACAAUGUUUGUAAAUGAGUCAUAGAGUUACUAAGAAAAAGCACAAGGUAUUUAUUGACCAAUACAAAUCGAUUCCGAUGCCUAGAAGUAAAACGAAAAAAAAACAACAGUCAAAUAAAUCAUUUUUAGUUAUGAGAGUUGACUCGGCGAAAAUAAAAUGACAAAUUUCGAAUGGUAGAUGUGGAUACGUGUCUUCUAUUUAGU